GAUCUGAUCACGCUGCUGCACGGGACGGUCCGUCUCUUCCUGUCCGCGUCACCUGAGCUUCGGAGAAGACCCCACCAUGCCUGGACUUCUGCUGGGGGACGUGUUCCCUGACUUCGAGGCCGACACCACCAUCGGCAAGAUCCGCUUCCACGAUUUCCUGGGCAGCUCGUGGGGCAUCCUGUUCUCCCACCCGAGGGACUUCACUCCUGUCUGCACCACGGAGCUGGCCUGUGCCGCUAAGAUCAGCGAUGAGUUCAAGAAACGAGGUGUGAAGAUGAUCGCCUUGUCCGUUGACAGCGUUGAGGAUCACCGCAACUGGAGCAAGGAUGUGAUGGCAUUCAACAGUGAAGCUGGAACUGCUCUGCCCUUCCCCAUCAUCGCUGAUGAUAAGAGAGCGCUGGCCGUUCAGCUGGGCAUGCUGGACCCCGAUGAGAUAGACAAGGAUGGAAUUCCCCUUACUGCCCGCUGUGUGUUUGUGAUUGGCCCUGACAAGAAGCUGAAGCUGUCCAUCCUCUACCCUGCCACCACAGGGAGGAACUUUGACGAGUUGCUCAGAGUGAUCGACUCUCUGCAGCUCACCGCACAGAAGAAGGUUGCCACGCCGGUCGACUGGAAGCCUGGUGACAAAGUCAUGGUCAUUCCCUCGCUCUCUGAGGAGGAGGCUGCUGCGCUCUUCCCCAACGGUGUAACAACCAAAGAGGUACCCUCUGGGAAGAAAUACUUGCGCUACACUCAGCCCUGAAGACACACUCAAGCCUUCAUCGCGCUCUACUUUACUACUCUUUGACCCAGAAGCCCUUGGCCGAUAAGUCGCAUGUAGAACUAACCCAGAGCAUAGAUGCACUCGCCUAGUUGGGUGACGGGUGUUGUCAGUCAUGCCGCCUGCCCAGCAAUGAACUAAAGACAUUAGUAUUGUCAUGAUACAGUGCCUUGUUUCCCAUCCCUCAAUAAAGAGCCUUUUCACAUAAA